ACUAUUUCUUCUCUCUAGCUUGCUCCUUCUCCAUUUUCUGCUCAUCUUCUUCCUCUUCAGAAUUUAGAAUAUUUCUUCUAUAGACUUCGAGACUGAGUAGCAGAAUGGAACAUGGAUCACUAUAUCCACCUGUAUCUCAUAAGAUACAAGGGCAACCCUACCUAUUCCUGAGGUAUUUUCGAGAUUCUCAUGCCUGCCAUCCAACAAUACAAAACAUUCUUGGAAGUGGUGCCUGUAUGAACUGGAGAUCACAAGGUCCAUCGCCUCUGGCAUUCCCAGGCAGAGAAUCAUCUAGCAUACCACCAUUUAAAAUCACUAUAGGAGCCCCAGUUGAAAGGAGUCAGCGCCAUCUUCUGAUUAAUUUGGUUCUUGAAUUAAUUACAACAACAGCAGUUGCUCCUAUAGAGCGAAUGAAGCUCUUAAUCCAGAGCCAGAAUAUGAUGAUCAACUCGGGUCAGCUGUCCCAACCAUACAAGGGAAUUUUGAACUGUUUCACUAGAACAAUCAGAAAUGAAGGCUUCUUCGCCCUGUGGAGAGGCAAUACUGCAAACCUCAUCUGUCUCUGUUCCAUGGAGGCACUGAGUUUGGCUCUCACAAGUUCUUAUGUGAGUUAUUUCAGUUACAUGAAAGACAAAAGCAACACAACUUCUGCAUUUCUUCUUUCUGUCAGAUUUCUUAUUGUUGGGGCUGCUGCAAGAAUUCUUCUGAUUUAUCCAUUGCUUUAUGCGGAAACACGUCUUGCUAAUGAUAUCAAAACUGCAAGAAACUUUGGUGGAAGGAAUUUAAUGGUAUAAUUGAUCUCUACAAAAAAACCUUGAAGUCAGAUGGCAUUCGUGGACUUUAUCGUGGAUGUAAUAUUGCAAUGGUUGAGGAUUUUGCAUUUGUUACAAUUGAACGGUUCUAACUUCUUGCCUCGAAGCCAUGGUUCAACAGUUAUCAGGUUAGUUAUGGCCAUGAAAGGUAAGGAACUGGCAUCAAUGUGAUUUUAUUUAUGCAUCUCAUGUGCUAAUCAUGGUUCUAUUUUGCUUGCCUUGCUUUGCUCCAGAAAAUCUUUGUUAAUUUACUAUUAUUGUCUCCUUUCUAUAGUCUAUACAUGAACUUUGUUCUAUUGGAAUUGACAAUAAUACAAUAUUGCACCUGUGUCUUGCAGACUAAUUUUUUGCCUGAAGGAAUACUAGGAUUGGGAACUACAACAUUUGCUCGGUUGGCCACUUAUCCAAUGGAUACUGUGAGCAGAAGGAUGAUGAUGAGCUCCAUGGAAGCUAUCCCAUACCAGAGCACAUUGGAUGCAUUUUCACAAAUUCUUAAAAAGGACGGUUUUAGGUCCUUCUACAAUGGUGCAGGGACAAAAAUCCUUUAAUUUGCUGCUCGUUUCAGUCUUACUCGAACCAUUAUUCACCAAGUUUCAUCUCCUACCCCUGCAAAGGAGGGGACGGGUGAUGGCGGUCGAGUUGCUUCAACCGUUAUCACCCUUAGAAGGAGUGAUGGUAAGGAUGGACGGCAUGGCAGUGACGGCAGUUGAUUUAUAUUACUUCAGCCCCCCAUUUCUGUUGAAGUUCAGUUUUAUGUUAGACAAGGAGUAGAGAUUUUGAUGAUUCCUUAUUAGAAUCCUCAAUUUUUGUUAGGUUUGUCCUUGUAUUGACCAAACAGAUUUUGAACACCAACGACUUGUUAGUUCGAGUGGAAGGAAUUCGAUUUUCUUUGAGUAAAGUCUUAAGUUUGAG